AUGUACGGUGACUACGAAGCCCAGCGGCAUUGGAUGGAGCUCACCACACAUCUGCCGUUCCGGGAAUGGUAUACCUAUGAUCUGCAGUACUGGGGAUUGGACUAUCCGCCGCUUACGGCGUAUGUUAGUUGGAUGUGUGGUUUAAUUGCCCACUACUUGAACCCUGAAUGGGUUGCACUUGACGCGUCGAGAGGAAUCGAAACCCCUGGAAGCAAGCUAUUCAUGCGCCUUAGUGUCGUAAUCCUGGACUUCCUGGUUUAUAUCCCGGCAUUGGUGAUGUUCGUACGGACAUGGCAAGGAUCACGGAGUCGUAGAACACAGGAGCAAGCCUUUCUCACUCUCGUUCUCCAACCCGCACUGCUCGUGAUCGAUCACGGCCACUUCCAAUACAACUCAGUGAUGUUGGGUUUUACACUGCUCGCGAUCAACUUCUUCACCCAAGGAGAUGAUCUGUACGGCGCAGUCUGUUUCGUCAUGAGUCUCGGUUUCAAACAGAUGGCUCUGUAUUACGCGCCUGCAAUCGGGUCGUACCUUUUGGCGAAAUGCAUUUGGUUGGGAUGGGAGAAAGGACUUCGCCUUUUCAUACGCCUAGGGGCUACCACGGUCUUAUCCUUUGGCGCACUCUUCGCACCUUUCUUCCUCCCUCCAUUCGCACCCUCGGUCACGCACAUCCUGCACCCUAUCACCCGAAUCUUCCCCUUCAAUCGGGGUCUAUUUGAAGACAAAGUGGCCAACUUUUGGUGUGCGAGUAACGUCGCCAUCAAAUGGAAACGGUUGGCUAUUUCUGCAGCUCAUGGGGAUGAAGAUAAGGCCCGAGGAUGGCUUGUCAAGCUCUCGACCCUUCUUACCGCCCUCGGGUUCUCCCCCAGUGUGGUCGGAAUUCUGAGGUCAUCUUGGAUUGCGAAACUCGAAGCCGAGGCUGAUGGCACGGAUGCCCGUAAAGAAGAACCGCCGGUGUUUAUCUCUCUCCUCCCCUACGCUCUCCUUACAUCCUCCAUGUCCUUCUUCCUCUUCUCGUUCCAAGUACACGAGAAGACGAUCCUACUACCCUUGCUACCGCUCACACUGUUGAUGUCAGCUGCGCAGCCUGGAACGACGUUGCAUAAUUGGGGCGCUCUGGGAAACAAUGUUGCUGUCUUCAGCAUGUGGCCUCUAUUGAAGAGGGACGGUCAGGGUUUGGCGUGUGUUGCGACAUUGAUGUUGUGGAAUCGCGCGAUUGGGUAUAACCCUUUCAAGUGGAUUCAACACAAAUCGUCAACUAUCAAGGAGAAUUUGAGGAUCGCGUCGCUUUUGAGCCUAUCCUUUGUGCAACUGGUCUCGUUGCUCGCAUACGCAGCGUCCAUCUGUCUAGUGCUCCUCGAAUUUGUCCUCCCGGUACCAAAGCGAUACCCGGACCUAUUCCCAGUCCUCAACGUCCUGGUCAGCACACCGAUAUUCGUUCUAAUUUGGCUAUGGAGUAUCAAGUGUGGAUUGGAGAUUUGGUGGACCUUGGGAGGCUGGAGUAGUACCACUAGCAAGAAACAGACGACUUCAGAGAAACGUUUGUCUGCUUCUGGACCAGCGGUAAAGCCGUUGGAAGUGAAGACGAGCGAAGGGAGUGGGUCGUCGGAGGUGGUUGGUGGUAGUAUGGAUUCACCGAUCUCAAUUUGA